AUGUGCUCAAAUACGCGAAUUGCUCUAUCCCGCGUCGCGGCCUCUCCGUCACGGUGGUCUUCUAGUGUCGUCGGCCGCGAGUCUUUCGGCCACAAUACUGCGCAACGCGUCGCGGCCUCUCCGUCACGGUGGUCUUCUAGUGUCGUCGGCCGCGAGUCUUUCGGCCACAUAAGGCUACCGAAAUUAGAAUUACCGAAAUUUUCCGGGAAAUAUGACGAGUGGUGCCCGUUCUUCGACAGCUUUAAUUCUCUCAUACAUGAAAACGCGUCGUUAAGUCCCGUUCAAAGGUUGCAGUAUUUAAGAGCUUCUCUCACCGGCGAUGCAUUCAAAGUAAUUAGCGCGCUGGAAAUUUCCGAUACAAACUACCAAGUAGCAUGGGACCUUUUGAAGGAACGAUACAAUAACAAACGCGCUAUUGUGCAAAGUCAUAUACAAGCUAUUUUAGAUUUGCCAACUAUGGCGAAAGAAAACGUCGCUGAAUUGCGUCAGAUCACGGAUGGUGCUACUCGACAUAUUCACGCCCUUCAGGCGUUAAAACGCCCCACAGUGCAGUGGGACGAUUUACUUGUUUAUAUUUUAAGCAAUAAGCUCGACGCGCUCACAUCACGAGAGUGGCAAUUGUCAUUGGUAGGCCCCGCUCUGCCUACACUCAAACAAUUUACGGAUUUUAUUGCUUAUCGGUGUAUAACUCUUGAGACAAGCAGUAGAUCCAAGAAUGUUAAUACGCGGUCGCAGUCGCAAUCGAGCGCGAAGCAGCAAUCUUGUGUUGCCUCUAUAAAAAUAAAAUGCUCCUUUUGUAAGGGCGAGCAUCUCAUCUAUCAUUGCGAAAGGCUCAUAGCAUUACCCGUUCCGCAAAGGAUUGCGGAAAUCAAAAGGCGCAAAAUUUGUAUUAACUGUUUACGAUCGGUGGAUCAUACAUCAAAUAAAUGCCCUUCUGGCAAUUGCAAAAUUUGCAAGGCCAAGCAUAACACGUUGCUUCACCUUGCUGCUGCCACGUCGGUCAAGUCCGACAUCUCCGAAUCAGUUGAUCGUGGAUCAGUAGACGCGCCGGCUCUAGCCACCUCUUCUGCUCCCGUUGUUAUGAGCGGUCUCGCGACUCCGGAUCGCAGCGACGUCAUGCUCUCGACCGUUCUCGCUUAUGUUUACGACGCAAACGGUUGUCGCAGAGCAUGCCGUGUCUUAUUAGAUUCGGGCUCUCAGAUUAAUUUUAUCUCGCGGCACCUCGCAGACGCUCUCGAUAUUAAAACACGUUCCUCGUACAUUUCAAUUUCGGGAAUAAACAAUGUUACCACGCGAGCUUUCCAAGCGGCUGAAAUACGGCUGCACUCGCGCACGAAUUCAUUCAGCAUUCUAGUCGAUUGCAUUGUUACCGAACAUGUAACCGGCAAACUUCCGGCUUUCACGCUUAAAAGAAAUGCCUUCGAAAUACCGGCUAAUCUCGAAUUAGCCGAUCCGCAGUUCCACGUCUCGUCUGAGAUAGACGUUUUAAUCGGCGCGGAACAUUUUUGGAGCUUGCUCUGUAUCGGUCAAAUCAAGGCAACGCCCUCACAUCCUACCUUACAGAAGACACGCUUCGGGUGGAUAUUGGCGGGUCGAUUGCACACUGCACCGAAAGCAGCUUCACAUGUGCACUCUCUUCAUGCUUCAAUAAGCAACAAGCAGUUGCACGAGCAAUUAUCUCGUUUUUGGGACGUAGAGAAUCUCGGCAGUUUCCAAUCAUUAUACCUCAGAGGAAGCUCAGUGGAGAUCGCCUUAAAACGCCUCGGUGGCAUUGAAAGGCGUCUUAGCCGCGACUCGGAAUUAAAAACGCGAUAUUCGCAAUUCAUAAAUGAAUACAAUGCACUAGGUCAUAUGAAAUUAAUUUCCGACCCCCCCGAGGAUCCAAGGUCCUUCUACUUACCGCAUCAUUGCAUCGUUAAGGCACCCGCCGCCAAUAAAUUUCGCGUUGUCUUCGACGCCUCCGCCAAGGACGCGGCUGGCAUAUCAUUGAACGACACGCUUAUGGUCGGUCCUACCGUACAGCAAGAUCUAUUUACUAUACUGUUGCGAUUUCGUACACAUCGUUUCGCAUUUUCGGCCGAUAUCGUUAAAAUGUAUCGCCAAAUUCUAGUGCAUCCGUCACAAACACGCUAUCAGCGCAUUCUUUGGCGAGAUGAUUUCACUUCUACAGUGGCAACAUACGAGCUUUCCACCGUAACAUACGGUACCUCUUCCGCCUCGUUUUUGGCCACGCGAUGCCUCACAUGGUUAUCCGAGCAUUACGCUAGCGAUUGGCUUAAUGGCUCCAAAUGUGUUGAGCGCGACUUCUAUGUUGACGACAUGCUCACGGGAGCCGACACGAUAGACGAGGCAUUAAUAAUACGCGACGAAGCAAUUAAGGUAUUACGUUGUGGUGGCUUCGAGCUCGGAAAAUGGGCAUCCAGCGCUCCCGAAUUAUUGACGGGAAUCAAGGAUCAAAAUAACGCACCGGUUGCAAUCCCCAAUAACUCGGAAUCGUCCAUCUUGGGCAUUCAUUGGAUGCACUCUAGCGAUGCAUUCAGUUUCUCUUACAACCCCGGGGACAACUCCGCGAUAAUUUCCAAGCGAGCCAUCUUGUCCGAUACUUCCAAACUUUAUGAUCCCCUCGGUCUAGUAGGUCCAGUCGUCGUGCGGGCAAAGCUAAUUUUACAAGAGCUUUGGCAGCUGGGUAUCGACUGGGACGAAUCGGUUCCGCAAGAGCUUCACGCGCGGUGGUCAGAGAUCAAAACACAAAUGAUUGAUAUUAAUCGACUAAGUAUUCCGCGAUGUAUCAAGCAUGUCGCAUCCCCCGAUUCCAUUCAAAUACACGGCUUUUGCGAUGCAAGCCAACGGGCUUAUAGAGCUUGU